UACGUACAAAUAAGACUCCUAUUUUGGAACAUUAGGGCUGAUACCUGUUGGGGUGUCCAUUUAAUUGUAUACAAGGAUAUCACUUUCUAAUGUAUACUUGAUCAACAAACAACCAUCAUGAAAAACCAAAACCAUCCUCCUCCGUUUCACCGCCGGUUGGUCCUCCGCCGCCGGUGGUUCAACCGCAUAUUCGCCGUCAUAUACACAUGCACCGUCUUCACCUUUCUACUCCAUCAAACCACCCUCCUACUCUUCCACACCACCAACAUCACAAUCUCUUUAAUCAUGUUACUAGCUGACAUCAUCCUUGCUUUUAUGUGGUUCACUCACCAAGGCUUCCGGAUGAAUCCGGUUCACCGGAAAACUUUCCCUGAAAAUCUCCCCAAGGAUGAGACCAAAUAUCCGGCCAUGGAUGUGUUCAUAUGCACAGCAGAUCCAGAUAAAGAACCACCAAUGGUGGCUGUGAAUACGGCUUUGUCAAUCAUGGGGUUUGAUUACCCGACGGAAAAGUUGUCGGUUUAUUUGUCGGACGACGGAGGAUCACGGCUGACUCUUUUAGCUUUCAUGGAAGCUGCUAAGUUUGCAAGACACUGGAUACCAUACUGCAAGGAGAAUCAAAUAAUGGAUAGGUCUCCAGAAGCUUAUUUUACCUCAAACUACACUUGUUUCCCUCGCACCCAUGAAAUCAAAGUGAUGUACGACAGCAUGAAGGAUAAAGUGGAGAAAGGUGUGGCCACCGGCAGUGAUGAUGUUUAUCAGCCGACCCACAUAUUCAACCAAUGGGAUGCCAACUUCACACGCCAACACCAUCCCACAGUCAUCCAGGUGUUGUUAGACGGUACCAAAGAAACUGACGUUCUCGGUCAUGCAAUGCCAAACCUUAUUUAUGUCUCCCGAGAGAAGCGUAAGGCAACACCUCACCAUUUCAAGGCCGGUGCUCUUAAUGUUUUGCUCCGUGUGUCGGAGACCAUAACAAACGCACCGAUUGUCCUUACCGUUGAUUGUGAUAUGUACUCGAACGAUCCAAAAACGCCACUAAAAGCGUUGUGUUACUUCUUGAACCCUUCGAUAGAUUCCGACAAUAUAGCUUUCCUUCAAUUUCCUCAAAUAUUUCAAGGGAUUAACCAAGAUGAUAUAUAUGGUGCCGAGUUCAAGUUCAUAUUUCAAAUCAACAUGACCGGCUUCGAUGGUUUGUUGGGCCCUUCUCAUGUCGGCACCGGUUGUUUUUUCAGAAGACGAGCCUUCUAUGGAAAUCCAUCUUCGCAAACUUUGGAACAAACAAGAAUACAAUCAAUCCGGUCCGACAUGUUGUCCCGGUGUCAUGAGGUAGCUAAGAGUAACUUCGAAGCCCAAACUAAAUGGGGAUAUGAGUUGGGGUAUCGAUAUGGAUCGAUGUUAGAAGACUUCGACACAGGCUAUCAUCUUCAUUGCAAAGGAUGGAGGUCCGUUUUUUGUUUACCGAACAGGCCCGCGUUCUUAGGGACCGCACCGAUGAACCUUCAUGACUUACUCAAUCAAACCCAAAGAUGGUCCAUGGGUCUAUUAGAUAUGAACUUUUCUAGGUACAACCCAAUUAAGCAUGGCUGCAAACACUUGCCCCUUUUUCAAGCUCUGUGUUACACUCAUUACAUCUCUUGGCCCAUUUGGUGCAUCCCACUCCUUAUUUAUUCCCAUUUACCCCAACUGGCCCUCAUCCACUCUCUUCCAAUUUUUCCCAAGGUUUCAGAUCCAUGGUUUUUGUUAUAUGCCUUCCUUUUCAUCGGAGCAUAUGGUCAAGAUUUUCUUGAAUUCAAACUGGGAGGCGGAACAGCACGAGGAUGGUACAAUAACCAACGAGCGUGGAUUAUUAGAAGUCUCUCGAGCUACACGUAUGCUGUAAUCGAGUAUAUGCUGACAAAGUUAUGCGCCUCUUCCGCUGUGUUCAAUGUCACGAGCAAAGUGGUCGACGAAGAAGCAAGUACAAGAUACAAGCAUGGAAUGGUGGAAUUUGGAGUCGAAUCGCUCUUCUUCUACCCGAUAUCUGUGGCAGCUCUACUCAACCUAAUCGCGCUUAUAUUUGGAGUCAUGGGAGUUUUCAAACACGGAGGACUACAAGACUUGUUCCUGCAGUUCUUGUUGGUUGGUUUUGGUGUGGUUAAUAGUUGGCCAGUUUAUCAAGCCAUGGUCCUCAGGAAUGACCCUGGAAAGAUGCCGCUGAAAAUAACGUUAACGUCGUUUGCCAUUGCUUCCAUGCUUUAUCUAGUUGCCCCUAAACCAUAAACCAGUUCCAUAUCUGU